GAUAGCAGAAGCUUCAGGACAGUUAGAGCUAGGCAGCGAGAGAGAAGGGCUAUACGUUGCUUGUGAUAGAGUAGGGGACGUGGAAAGAUUUCGUUAUACGCAUUUGCGACGAAAGCAAAUGUAAACUUUGGGAUAAUACAGCUAGACGUUUGAGCUGCCAUCACUUUACGACUUGGUGUUCUACAGUGGAAUAUAAAAAUGUCGUCUCCAAGUCCGGGUAAAAGGCGAAUGGAUACUGACGUGGUGAAACUCAUCGAGAGCAAGCACGAAGUCACGAUCCUCAGCGGACUCAAUGAAUUUGUAGUGAAGUUUUAUGGACAACAAGGAACAGCGUACGAGGGGGGCGUAUGGAAGGUGCGCGUAGAUCUACCGGACAAAUACCCUUUCAAAUCCCCAUCAAUAGGAUUCAUGAAUAAAAUCUUCCAUCCCAACAUCGAUGAAGCGUCAGGAACAGUGUGUUUAGAUGUCAUCAACCAGACGUGGACAGCCCUUUACGAUCUCACCAAUAUCUUUGAGUCGUUCCUGCCUCAGCUGCUGGCAUACCCCAACCCCAUCGACCCGCUGAACGGAGACGCGGCCGCCAUGUACCUCCACCGACCAGAGGAGUACAAACAGAAAAUCAAAGAGUACAUCCAGAAAUAUGCAACAGAGGAGGCUCUCAAGGAGCAGGAGGAGGGCCAGGGCGAUUCCUCAUCGGAAAGCUCCAUGUCGGAUUUCUCUGAAGACGAAGCCCAGGAUAUGGAGUUGUAGUGAUGGGAGACAACUCCCCUUUAAAACCACAGACUGUAUGAUUUCCUAACCAUGAGAAAGCAGACAUCAUAUUCAUAUAAAUUGAUUUUUUUAUUAUUAUUAUAAUUAUAAUUAUUAUUAUUGCUAAAACAAGGAUUUUUGUGGAUAUCAAGCCUCGGCGUAUAUCACACACCACCCGCUUUGUGUUUUUGCCAUGUCCCAGUCGCUUUCUCCUCCUUCAAUCCCUGUAAAGGUGCGUUGGACUUAGCGGUAGCAGUCCCCACAUUCCACCGGUAGUUGGAAUGUCCCCUUUGACCCGAUGACCUUCGGCCUUACCCUCACUGCACCAUCGACCGGACAAAAUGGAGACUAGCUCUAUGGGCUGGGCUGAGUGGGAGGUGGGCACCGGGGGAUUUCCCUUCUCUUUAUCUCAUGAAUGUGUUGAAGAAGAGGAACUAGAGAGUUAGGUCAUAUUCAUGGUCAUGGCAAUUAUGGUCCAGGUCUUCAGCCGAAUUCGUACCUGUCUGGAUCUGAUUUUUGUUUGAAUGGUAAAGUUGGAUUUGAAUUGGAUACAUCACCCUGCCGGCGUUGGCUGUCGACUUGUCCUGCUAGACAGGUGAUUGGGUAUUUUAAAGUAACAUGAAAGAGGGGAAUUGCAGCUUCAAUAUCUAUUUUCUUUCACCAAUGUUGUUUUCCUAGUGUUCAUUUGUCAUUUGUGCUUUUCAUUUGGCUGGGGUUAGGAGCUGCCUAUGGUGUGUGUGUGCAGCACCUAGCUUGUACAGUGAUACUUCACCUUUCUCAUUAGAGCCUUAUGAACCCAGCCAGCGCGUCAAUCAAAGCGCUUACAUCUCUCUGAGCCUGUCCGAGCUGGUGUGGCUGUCAGACUACCUGUACCCCUUUAGAAAAGUACAUCACUUCCUGGAACGCCAUAGGUAUUAUGUAUCCACUGAAGUUUUAGGGGUGAAUAAUGCCCAGAAUGAGGGAUUGAACGCUGAUGUGUUGGAAAGUGAGGUAGAAGUGGCCGACCUUACCUCACCGGCCACAGCACAGACGCCCAACAAAUUCUCCUCUGCUCUGUUUUUGUAAAAAAGUUAAAGGAGCGUAGAAAAAAUCGCAAGAAGCAUUUUUGUAACAAAAAAGAAAAGCACAAGGUUUUAUUUCCUACAAACUCCUCCCUCCUAGAUGAUUUGGACCUUGUUGAUUUGUUUAUUUUGGUGGCAAAGACAGGAUUUUUUUUGGGGGGGGGGGACAUCAUUCUGUACAGUUUGGGCAUGAUCCAGAAGUGACGUUGUGUUGGUCUGUAUUGCGCUAGGCUAGUGUAGGGCUCAACUAAAGUAGUACUGCUUGUGUGGCUACGGUCUGAAGUAUUGAGUUGCGUUGUGUACAAGGCUCAGUGAUUUACCUGGGUUACCCUUCACUCUUAGAUGGGGGGAAAUGCAGGGGGGAUAUCUGCAGGUCUUUUUUUUGCUAACAUUGUUGAAAUGACCAACUUAGCCUAUUGCUCGCGCUAAACUAUGAUAUGUGUUUUUGACUUGAUGUAGCGAUAGUUAGUUUACUGGGCGGUGUCUUCAACUAAAGACAUAUAUGGGUAUAUUACAGAGUUAGCUUGUUUCAGGCAAUUGUCUGAUAAGUAAAACAACAAUAGCUGAUUUUAAGUUUGAAGGUAAUGUCCAUUGUAGGGUUUACAUCAGAUAUUCCAUGGAUCUAUACCUGCUGGUCCCCUUCAGAGAUGUACAGAUCAACGUGAGAGUGAUUUCAGACAAUGGCAAUGAAUUGACUGGUGGAGAAACUAGACUGAAUGUAUGAUAGUCUGUGCAAAACAAAAGCAUUGGGCCCGAUGAAAGUAUCAGACACUGCGCAGUGUGAUCAAGGCCACAUUGGGAUAGAGCUUGGAUGGGAGACCACGGUUUUCUUUGUUUUUAAUUUCAGUGUUCCCUAAAAGUUUGACUGUUCAAGGCUCCUGGAUUAAGAUGGUCAAAUAUGGAUUGGGUUCCAAUCCAUUGCCUGGUAUAAGACAGGAAAGUGGGUUUGGGGUUCCCAUGUUUCCUCACAGGCCAAAUGGAGCCUGCAAAAACAGAAUGAUGUCACAAGGAUACGCAGCAGAGUACCUUGCAAUUGGCUUCUGCCGUUUCGUGAGCUGCCUAUAUUUAUUCACUCUAUAUUGAAACCUUCGCUUUUCUUUCUCGUUUUUAAUCAAAUCAUUUACGGGCACCGCUGUUAAAACAAAGGUGUAUGUACUUAGGCUUCAGCCAAAUUGUGUCAUGCUGAAGAGAAUUAGAACUUGAAUUUUCUUUCUUUUUUAAGUAUUCAGUUUGGAUUUAAUGUUUUUUUUUCUUAUUUUUUUCACAUUUAUGCAGUAUUGUACUAAAGUGAAAAAGAAAGAAAAAUAAAUCCCAUCAGAAUAAGUGGAGAAAGGCAAUGGAGGCCAUUUUGUGUUUUGGACACUUGCAUAGAGGAGCAAAUGUGAUAUUUCGGUAUUUUUAAAGAGAGUGCUCUUGUGUUGUCCUUGUUAUAACUAUGGUUUUGGUUUUCAAGCAGAAGUGUCGAUGUUCCCACAAACGGGGCGAUCCAAAGACGACAUGUACUCAGCUGUGGUCUGUUGCCAUGGUAAAUAUUUUGUUUUCCUUCACUCCUUUUUAUUCCCCCCAAACUAAUUCAAUGAUGAGAGGACUAUUUAUAACCUUUGUUUUUCUGUUUGUUUUUAAUUCCCAAGUCGAAGACUCAAUGACUCCUACAAUCCAAAAAUCUCCAAUAAACAUGUGUGCUUCUAUUGCAA